AUGUCUGGCACUCAAGAAACCGCUCACUUCACCAAGGAGGAUGUUCGAAAAUUACAGCAGCAGGAGAGCAAAGCACACGGCGGUAAUCUCCCUGCCGAUUCAUAUGCUGCUGGCUUGCAGUCUGUAGUAGACUCUGCGGACAAGAACAAGGCAGAGAUCAUUGCCGAACGUCAAGCCAAUCUUCCUCUCCCUGAAGAGCCACCUGCUCCUUCAGACUUCAACAGCGCUGAUCAACGAACUGUCAAUGUCGGCUCUGGACGUCUUUCGAACACUAGCGGUGACGGUCAGAAAGUCGGUCGUGAAGCUGUAGAUGAUCUGGGAGGACUACCCGAGUGA